CGGACUACGACUCCCGCCAGGCGCCGCGGCGCAGCGCAUGAGCCCUGCUCUGCUCCGGCGCGUCUAUUAUGCUGCCGAGGCCGGCGAGCCAAAGAGGAGCCGGCCGCGCGGGCCGGGAGGGGACGGCCGCCGGAGCCGCCGAGGCCAAGUGUUGCCUGGUUGGGCCCGGAAAUGGGAUGCCACGUCUCCUCGGGGCACAUGGAAGACACGAGGGCUUCUCUGAGCCCCUGCUGUGACGGGAAGUGAGCGAGCUGCCAGAGGAUGUCCACUGCCGCCACUGUUGCCCCUACGGGGAUCCCAGCGGCCCCAGGCCCUGUGAACCCGCCCCCACCAGAGGUCUCCAACCCUAGCAAGCCUGGCCGCAAGACCAACCAGCUGCAGUACAUGCAGAAUGUGGUGGUGAAGACGCUCUGGAAACACCAGUUCGCCUGGCCCUUCUACCAGCCCGUGGAUGCAAUCAAGCUGAACCUGCCGGAUUAUCAUAAGAUAAUAAAAAACCCAAUGGAUAUGGGGACAAUUAAGAAGAGAUUAGAAAAUAAUUAUUAUUGGAGUGCAAGUGAAUGCAUGCAGGACUUCAACACCAUGUUUACAAAUUGUUAUAUUUAUAACAAGCCCACAGAUGACAUAGUGCUAAUGGCCCAAGCCUUAGAGAAAAUUUUUCUGCAGAAAGUGGCCCAGAUGCCCCAGGAGGAAGUUGAAUUAUUACCCCCAGCUCCCAAGGGCAAAGGCCGGAAACCGGCUGCGGGAACCCCAAGUGCAGGUACGCAGCAAGUGGCAGCCGUGUCCUCUGUUUCCCCGGCGACCCCCUUUCAGAAUGUGCCCCCUACCGUCUCCCAGACGCCCGUCAUUGCUGCCACCCCUGUUCCAACCAUCACUGCAAAUGUCACAUCGGUGCCCGUUCCCCCAGCGGCCGCCCCACCUCCGCCCUCGACACCCGUCGUCCCUGUGGUCCCUCCCACACCACCUGUCGUCAAGAAAAAGGGCGUCAAGCGGAAAGCAGACACCACCACUCCCACAACAUCCGCCAUCACCGCGAGCCGGAGCGAGUCACCUCCGCCGCUGUCAGACCCCAAGCAGGCCAAGGUGGUGGCCCGGCGGGAGAGUGGGGGCCGUCCCAUCAAGCCACCCAAAAAGGACCUGGAGGACAGUGAGGUGCCCCAGCACGCGGGCAAGAAGGGCAAGCUGUCGGAGCACCUGCGCUACUGCGACAGCAUCCUCCGAGAGAUGCUCUCCAAGAAGCACGCCGCUUACGCCUGGCCGUUCUACAAGCCGGUGGACGCUGAGGCCCUGGAGUUACAUGACUACCACGACAUCAUCAAACACCCCAUGGACCUCAGCACCGUCAAAAGGAAGAUGGACAGCCGCGAGUAUCCAGAUGCACAGGGCUUUGCUGCCGACAUUCGGCUAAUGUUCUCAAACUGUUACAAAUACAACCCCCCGGACCACGAGGUGGUGGCCAUGGCCCGGAAACUCCAGGAUGUGUUUGAGAUGAGGUUUGCCAAGAUGCCGGAUGAACCGGUGGAGGCACCUGCACUGCCAGCCCCCGCGGCCCCCGCGGUGAGCAAGGGCACGGAGAGCAGCCGCAGCAGCGAGGAGAGCUCAUCGGAGUCAGGCAGCUCAGACUCGGAGGAGGAGCGGGCCACCAGGCUGGCGGAGCUGCAGGAGCAGCUGAAGGCCGUGCAUGAGCAGCUGGCCGCUCUGUCUCAGGCCCCAGUGAACAAACCAAAGAAGAAGAAAGAGAAAAAGAAGAAGGACAAAGAAAAGGAGAAGGAGAAACACAAGGCCAAGUCCGAGGAGGAGAAGAAGGCCAAGGCAGCCCUACCCGCCAAGCAGGCCCAGCAGAAGAAGGCUCCCGCCAAGAAGGCCAGCAGCACGACCACGGCCGGCAGACAGCUGAAGAAAGGCGGCAAGCAGGUGUCUGCCUCCUACGACUCGGAGGAAGAGGAGGAGGGACUGCCCAUGAGCUACGAUGAGAAGCGGCAGCUCAGCCUGGACAUCAACCGGCUGCCCGGGGAGAAGCUGGGCCGCGUGGUGCACAUCAUCCAGUCUCGGGAGCCCUCACUCAGGGACUCCAACCCCGAUGAGAUCGAGAUUGACUUUGAGACUCUGAAACCCACCACCUUGCGGGAACUAGAGAGAUAUGUUAAGUCUUGUUUACAGAAAAAGCAAAGGAAACCAUUCUCAGCAAGUGGCAAGAAGCAGGCGGCUAAGUCCAAGGAGGAGCUUGCGCAGGAAAAGAAGAAGGAGCUGGAGAAGCGUUUGCAGGAUGUCAGCGGGCAGCUGAGCAGCAGCAAGAAGCCUGCAAGAAAAGAGAAGCCCGGCUCAGCGGCCUCAGGAGGGCCGUCCAGGCUGAGCAGCAGCAGCUCCUCCGAGUCGGGCAGCAGCAGCUCCAGCGGCUCCAGCUCUGACAGCAGCGACUCGGAGUAGACUCUGGACUCACACAGCAGCGGCUGCCGCACACACUGACGUCUGCAGUGUCCCCUUCUCUGGUUAAUAUACUACUUUUGUUCCAUAGUGUGCAGGUUUUCUUUUUCAUUCAGUGUUAUGAUUAUAUUCCAGUUCCGCUUCCGUAGGUCAAAGACCUACCUUGUGUGUGCAUUAGACUUGCGGGAAAGUGUGAGCUCUGUCAGAACUGCUUCCGGCCGCUUGGAGAUGACAACUUCGAAUGCUAACCCGAUGACCACAGAAAACCGUGAGAUGGUCUGAAGGACCUUGCAGGGUCCCUUUGUGUGUGCCCUGCCUGGUCUGUAGCUCCAGAAGGAAUGCUCUCAAAGGGACUUUCUCUGAAAUGGGCACUGUGUUGGAAAGCUGUUACUUUGCAGACAGGUUUGUCUCUGUCACCUGGGCCCCAAGCUCUGGCCCUCGUGCCUGUGUGGCUGCCUCUUCCUGCAGGGGCUGAGGACAUCAUGCCUGAUGGGAAGGAGUGUCACAGCCCCAGCCCAGAGCGGAGAGCUCGUGGGGUGGGAACAGGUGGGGGCCACCGUGCAGGCAGGGAUGAUGCAUUCUCUGAGCACGGUGACAUCAGGUGCUCCUGGGAAGGGACAUGGCAGCCACGUGCGCAGCGUGCAGGUUUCCGUACACUGAAGCUUUUACCUCAACUUUAAAAAAAGAAGAAAAGAUUAAAAAAAAAAAAAAAAAAAAGGAGACUUUUUUGUAAGGUUCAGUAAUUUUCUACGAGAGCCCAGCCCAGUGUGUGUCCCUGACCUGUUAGCGCUGCUCUGCUGCUGCACACUCUGGAACCAUUUCCUCAAUUUUAUGUAUAUAUAAAUACUUUAUUUAUUAACAUCAUUGGUCAUUUUUUAAAAAAUGAAAAAGAAAAACAAAAUUGCAGAAGAAAUGCAUAAAAAAAAAAAAAGGCAGAGACGCAUCCUUCUCGCGGUUGGAAGGAGAGGGGCUGUGUGAGGACGGCCCCUUGCCCCAGGUGCUCGCUGUGCUCCGUCUGUGCACGCGAUCCUCCCUGUGUUGGUUGGGUUUUUGUUUUUUCUCUUUUUGUGUUGUAUGAGAUGUGGAAACUCACAGGUAGAGACGACUUUCAGCUACAGCACACUGUUUUGUUUGUUUUCUUCUUUUGUAUUCACCUCUGGUCUCUUUAGGACUGUUUUAAAGGAAAUCAAGUUAGGGAACCCCAGUUAUAUAAUAUAAACUUUGUAAUCUGAGAGAAAAAAAUGUAUAGUAAACUUAAGUCUUGAUUUUUAACUUUCUAUUGUAAAAAAUAAUAAUAAUAUACAGAGUUUAACAGAAGGUUAUGUUUUGGUUUUGUGUUUCCAGAGGCUGCCAUAUGUAUGGCCUUUGUGUGCAGGGAUGCCCCACACUGCCCAGCCAGGCUCAGAGCAUGUGGCUUUGGCCAGGAAGGCAGGGGUUGGCCUCCAGGGCCUGCAGGUGGGGCGCCCCCUCCCAGCCUCCAGGGUGGAGUCUUCUCUGGCCCCAGGAGAGCACCGUCCCUGGAGACUGCACGGUGCUCCAUGCUCUGGCGUUUUCGGCAUUUUCACAGUUAGCCCAGAAAUGAGGAAGCAGCUGUCUUCCCAACCUCCACGUAAGGGGGUCCUUGAGGUGGGUGUGGGUGGCUGUGGGGUGGUGUGUCCUUUUGUCAGGGGCCAGUGCUUUUUGCCAGCACUUCUGGAUAGAGAUAGGGACUAGUCAUCAGUAAUCUGAUAGAUGGUAAGUUUUAAAAAUAAAAUUGAUUCAGACUGCACCAGCCCUUACAGAGACGGAUGUACCUUCAAUGGAUAGAGGAACUCUUGAGGAGGGAAUGGGGAGUAGAUAUAAUUUUUCUAAUUGCCGGUGAUUCUGACACUUGGUGAGUUUUCAGCCAGUUUGUUAAACUUUAAGUUUUGUUUGUAAUAAAAAUAUAAAUGGAUUUUAAAGUUCCCAUUUUUUAGAGUUACCCUUGUUUUUCAAAGGUAUUUUCUAAACAGAUCUUUAGUGGAAUAUUUAAACUAUGAAUUUAAGGAAUUAACACAUGACAACUGAUGGGUCUUCACGCAGAAUCUGAAGGGUGAUGUACAGGCCCUGGCAUGGGGGCUGCUAUAGGGCGCUCUUCCAGUGCAGGGUAGUGAGGUGGUGCCUGUGUCAGCACAGCGGGAGCACCGUGGGCGUGUUCCUGCCUGCUGGUUCCUACAGUGGUGGAGUCUUACCCACCCUUCUUAUUCACAGGUCUGACAGCCCCCCAAGGUCACAGAGCAGCUGUAGUUUAUUGGUGCUGUAACUUUCUUAAGGCUUUCUGUCCAGACUCCAAUGCUGAUGUCUCUCGGAGGCAUGGAGGACCAGUGGCUUGCUCAGCACCCUCACUGCCAGGGUGAUUGUCCCUGCUGGGCCUCUGUUGGGAAGACCGCAGCUACUCACAUAGUUGUCCCAGGGCUGAGAGCUGCAGGGCGGCUUCCAACGUGCUUUUCUCAAGGGGAAAAGAGAACGGAGAGCCGUGUAGGGUGGUGGUGGGAAGUGGAGAGGGGGGUGCUCCAAAUGAGCCCAGGCCAUGAGGUGUCGACUGGACUGCUGGACUCCUGGACCCCAGCGACCCUGCCUCACCUCUGCUGGCCAGGUCAUCCUGCCUGCAGACUGUAGGACACCAUUUCUUUUGUGUUUGUUUUUGUUCUUUCGCAGUAUUUACGCCUUUUACAGUCAUGGGGAAGAACACCACCCACGUAAAAGGUUUGUCACCUCUAGUUUAGCGCUGUUGCCUAAUGCUGGCCUAACACUUCCAGGACGUUUUUCUUUUUUAUAUUUAAAAUGUUACUUUUCUGUAUGAUGUGCAUGCAAGUUUACCGUAACUUUUCUUAAUCUUUUUAGUGCCGUUUCUAGUAUAUUACUGUAAAUGUCAGUUACUGAAAAUGAGUCCAAUGUAAGUAGUUUUAGCUUGUUUAUUGCAAUGCUGGCCUCAACACAACAGAAUAAAAAUGGUAGAAAGUACUCCUUGAUGUUUCUGGUAAUCACAGACCUGGAGCAUUUGUUUUGUUUUCAUAAUAAAAA